AUGAGCCGUUACGACGGGCCAUCGGAGGGUUUCGACCCCGCGCAGCCCUAUAUCCCGCCUUACCAAGCAUGGGAGAACCUAGCCCAUGAGCGAAACCGCAUCGAACGUGAGCUCGCCAUGAGCUACAUGGACCUCCUUAAACGCUACCAGGACAAAUGUGCCGAAUGCGACCGGGAAAGACGCACCGCCGUGCUUUGGGAAAAGGAGCACCGCAUGCAGGAGAGAGAGCUCAGUGCUAUUAGAUCUGCUGCAGAAUCAUCUCCCUUUGCUUUUGUUGUUAUCGAUGGCGAUGGCGCUGUCUUCCGCGAAGAUCUUAUUGCCCGGGGGGAGGAGGGCGGCGGAGAAGCCGCCCACGAGUUACAUCAACGACUUAAGGCCUACUUCCACGACAACCCAGCCUUGUCGAACAUCGACAUCAUAUUCGUACACGUCGUCCUUAGCGUCGAUGGGUUGUCGAGGGCUCUCCAUGCGUCCGGCACUCUUCCUAUUACCGACUAUGCCGCCUUGACCAAGUUUGGUCGCGGCUUCUGCCGUGCUCAGCCGUUUUUCUCCUUUACUGAUGUUGGCUACGGCAAGGAGCAAGCCGACCAUAAAGUCCGCAAGCUUUUUGAAGUCAUGGAGAGGAAUAUCCAGUGCCGAUGCCUCAUCUUGGGCGGAUGUCACGACAACGGCUACGCCACUUUCCUCGAAUCCUUCCGCAACAACCACAAGAUCUGCCUCCUGGAGACCACUCCUCCGGCGGCGGAUUUCCGAAAGCUGUCGUUCAAGCGCGUCUCAUUCCCAUCGGUCUUCCGGUCCGAGCCUGUGCCAUCCAGGCCGGCCAUGCCGCCGGGAUUCGCGCCUCCGCCAACUGCUGGGACGUUCUAUACAAGCUCCAGAAGCUCUCCUCCACUCCCACAUGGCGGCAAUGGGGUCACCAGCUUGCCGAGCCCCGCCCCGACGGCCUCGCCAAAUGCUGUACCUCACGCGUCGCUUGCAACGACUAAACCCGAGUCUUCAACCAGCAGCUACGCUACAGUCGGCCGGAGCAACGCUCCCGUUACCAUCAACAUUGCCAGCCAUAAGAAGACAACCGCCUCUCGUCCUUACAUCACAUUUAACAAAAACGAUCAACGCGUAGAUGUGCCACUGGCCAAGCCGGAUCCUAAUGCAGUGAGGGCGUUUGAGGAGAAGAUGCACGCCAACGGCAGGAACUUUUGCAACAGAUGGUAUCUAAUGAAGAACUGCAAGAGCCCCAACUGCAACUUUUACCACGGAAAAGAGCCCUUGACCGCAUCGGAGAUGCUCGUGCUGCGACAUAAGACGCGAAACUUGGUUUGCAGCUCCGGCCACCAUUGCACCGAGGUGUCCUGCAAUCUCGGGCAUCAUUGCGCGAAUCCGACGUCGUGCUAUUUUGGCAACAACUGCCGUUUCGCCGAAAUGCAUGGCAUGGAUAUCACUCCCACACUUAAGGUUUAUGAUGAUGGCACUCGAGAGGUCGUUUAG